AUGGUCAAGAAACGAAAAAUAACUGCAAUAGAAGUGCAUCCGAAGUACAGCCUGUUCUACGGAGACUAUGACUUGGCUCUGGUCAGAGUGGACAAGCUGGAGUUCAGCGAGGCGGUUAGUCCUGUCUGCCUGCCCUCCGGCGUGCUGGAGUCCUCCUCCAUCUGUGUGCUCACUGGCUGGAGUGUGGUGAAUGGGCAGAGAGCGAGCAGCCUGCAGCAGCGACUCGUGCCCAUCCAGGACUCGGGGGUCUGUAACAAGUCCCGUCCCCCUUGUGGCACCGAGCGCAUGUGCCCCCUCUCCUCCAUCUCGGGGAGCAGCAGGUGUCCGUUUGAUACCGGCGACCCGCUGGUGUGUAAAAGCGGCGGCGUGUUUGUGCUCGGAGGCGUGCAAGGCGGGCACACGGACUGCGGGGGGCCGGUCUGCGUCCACAGCCGCGUGGGGGCCAUGGUAGGCUGGAUUAAGGAUGUGAUCAGACACUACGCUUUAAACGGCGAACUCCAAAGUGACGUAGGGAAGGAGUGUCCCACAGACCUGGAGCUGCCUGCCCCACCAGAGGCCCUGCUGUCCCCCCCGUAUGCUCCGAACCUCGCCUGCUCCUGGGUCCUGCGGCUGGGCGAGAGGAGGAGAGCCGAGGUGGCGGUGAGCAAAGUGCACACUCCCAGCAUGGACUGCAGGAGCACCUUCUUCAGCAUCGAGCAGCAGACAGGCAACCAAACGCUGCUUCUAGACCGAUUCUGCGGAAAGCUGAAAUAUCCCUACAAAGUCUACUCCCUUCUGUCGGAUGACAAGUCCUUUUUGAGGUUUUCCUAUAAAACCAACACGGAUGAUCCUUCACCUGACUAUGGAUUUUCUCUAACUUACAAAUAUGUUCCAGAUUAGUGCUCUGUGUGUCCCGGUUGGCCUUCAGUUAUUUUUGUGUCUCCAUGUACUUGAUUUUGAAUAAACUGCUUCAAUUAU